ACUUAGCCUUAAUUUGCCUCAAAAGUCACAUGAAUGUGCCCUAUCUGUGGAUUACAAGUUUAUUGUUUGAUUUAAAUUAUGAAUUUAUUAACGGGAGCUUCGCUUUUAGCCCUGGCUAAAUCUAUAUAUUACAGUAUCUAGAUGAACCUACAUAGAACCCUAUGGAAAGAAUUAUCAAGCAGAUACUGAUGCAUUAAACAAGAAUUUGGUUCAAUACAGAGGAGAAGCUGGUCUCAGUAAAAAUCUUUUGUAAAUGACUGUGUCACAAAUUAGCAUGUCAACAAAUGUAGUAUCCCCAAAAUGGUAUCAUUUAGAAAUAAAUGCAAUUUUUUUGCAACAGAAGCCAGGAUUUAUUUAAAAGGUGUAUUGAUAACGUUUCAUUUCGUGCCAUUUCGGGGUUGGCGAGUUAGGCUAGAUUUUCUGUCAAAUGCUUAAAUGUUAUAUUUAUUUGCAUAAUGAAAUGAAAACAAGCAGUUUACCAUCAAAAUAAGGUGGAAAAAAAUCAGAAUUCAAACGGAUUGCUGUAAUUAUUUUCCUUUGUACAACUAAAUGAUAGAAUUUUCUUAUUUUAAAAACACGAUCUUACUGGCAUCAUUAUAUUGAAUUAAAUUUAUAGUUGAAGUGCGUGUAUUUUAUUUCUCAACUAAGACGUAACGGUGAAGAAAGCUAAAAUUUCACAGCCUUCACUAAAGCACCAUUCAUUCGUGAACGUAUUCUUAGUUUCAUUAAUAAUUAAGUUAGUGUGGGAGAAAGGCAAGAUUUCGUGAUAAACAAGCCAGCGAAAGGGUAAAAAUGCAGUUUCACGGCAAAUGGAUACUUAAUUAACCACUGUGUUCCCGAAACGAUUUAAUUCGAUUUUAGAGUUAUACUGUUGAGAAGAAUUAAAUAUCUAUAGGAUAACUGUUUAAACGAAGACUUAUCAUACUGAACUUUUCCUUGUGCUCAAAAAAUGUGCGCGAAAAUUAAGGUCGUAACAACAUUCAGCCGCCAUCUUGUCUUCCAUGUACUGUUUUACCAAAGGAAAGACUGUCCUCUCAAGGGCGACAGGGAGGAAACUCACUUUCAUCGUAGAAAUGCCUCGAUACCUUAACGAACACGUUUGUGGAACGCAGCACCCAAUAUAUGUCAUUCAGUUCCAGAGAAUAGCUUGCAAAUGCUGGUGGUGAACAUGAACAACUAAGUGAAAGUGCCUCAGAGGUAUUUCAACAGACCAUGUUGACGCAUGCGCAUACAAAAUGCCCUCCUGUUACUUAUUAGUAUUUUCAAGCAUAAGAAAAGAAAGGAGGUUUGUAUCAAAGCAAGGUCACCCUUAGCCUCACAUUCACUGGAAGGCUGGGGGGGUAUUAAGCCCACAACUGUAAAAUGGUCUAUUCAGAUCAUACUCAGCCUCAUUCAAAAAUUGCUAAAUGUGACUAUUGCUCAAAUUAUUUAGUGGAAGUACUCUUGAAUUUUAACAUAACUACAACCAAGUAAUGUUCUUGUGUAGCAACGUACAGUGUGACAGGAAAGCAGGGCUCUUAAUCUUUCAUAUGGAUGGUCACAGGAUUUUGAUAAGGAAAGGAAUAAUUCAAACUGAUUGUGUUGCCAAUUCAUUAACUCAGGUACAUCUAAGGGACAUUGUUUGCAGCGUAAUCGGCAGUUUGGAUAGUCCGAUGACACCUUCCGGCUGCACUUUAAAUGUCGGACAGCGGCAGCUUGUAUACCUGGCACGUGCUAUCCUUAAAAACAACAGGAUUGUUGUCUUGGAAACGGCUGAUUUGGAUCACAGGUACGCUGGCUGCUAAGCACACAACCCCACUCUUCUAUUUUAUGUUACCAUGAAACUUUGAUAAUAGGGCUACAUAAGGGCCAAAAGAAUUUAGCCUUAUAAACAAGGUCGCCAUGUUCAUGUUUUAUGGUUGGUUUCUGUCGUCUUUUUUAUUGUAGUGGUGCUAUAACAAUUCUUACUUUGUAAAGGCAAUGGCCAUUUUAUGAGUAAUUAAUUGGACAUUACACACUUGGAGUUAAAAGAGAAGGUUUUAUUCCUGUUUGUCACUUGACCAUCCUUUGAUAUGCAUAUUUGCUCUGAAUGGCCGUAUUAUCGAGUUGGCUGUAUUAACGGUGCUUGUUUGCCUUCGUCCUUAUUAAGUAUGCACGACUUUUGCGCCAGCAUCUAGUGAACCAGAACUGGAACAAUUUGUUGGAGUUACGGCUCAGUGAUUUUAAGUCGCAAGCGAGUUAGCGCUAAUUUCUUAGAUAACAUGAAUCAACCAAUAAAUAAUUUUCUUAAAAUUUUAGUCAAGCAACCAAGACAUUCAUCGACCUGGAAAUAACAAGAAAACCUUAAUUAAACCGCCUAAAAAUAGUACAUGACCUUGUCUCAAUUAGAUUCCACCGCAUUUUAUUAAUGACGUAAAAGAAAGGCUCUGACGUCAUCGGCGUUAACGUAUGAGACUUUUCCCUCCUCAAAAGAAAUGGUGUAGCCGGUCCCUACUAUACUACUUUCCACUGGUUUCUGUACCUACGCCUUUGGGAGGAAUUUAUACCUUUAGCUAAACAAGGUUAAAUAGCUGUGUUAAAGUGGUCACACAAAAGUCAAUAACAUGAAGGCGGCUGAAUAACAGGUUCAAAUUAAUUUCUUUUAGAACUGAUACGAUGAUUCAAGAAACAAUCAGAAGUAAAUUCAAGAACUGUACUGUUCUUAUAUCGGCUAACAGGUUGCAAGCCGUCAUCGACUGCGACCGUGUUAUGGUAAGUUGUGGGGUAGACCCCAAGCCGAGUUGUGGACUUUUCUUAUUGUGUUCUUCAGAGUUUUGGUGUUUUCCUUAGUAUUUCCCCACCUCCAAGAGAUGUGUUUGUAAGAAAGAACCCGCCUGGUCCCCAGGAUAUGACGAGUGCAGUCCGAAAAACACCUGACAAGACUUGACGAGCCAAACGUUCUUGUGGUAUUUCACAAGAUAGCAAGCUUCUCGGAUGCGUCUUAUUCGAAGUCGAUGACAAAGAACGUCUAAUUUAGUUGCAGUUUUGCUUCCAACACAACGUUUUUCUUCUUAGGGUUGGACCUACACCAGCGCACGCUUAUUCUUGUAAAAUAAACGGUCUGCAGAAAUUCCUGCAAUUUCUAUCCUCUCUUGCUGCAACUAAAUUUGUUCCAUUAAAAAGAUCUUUCAACCUUCUCACCCUAAAAUGCAGUGGAGAAAACAGCUCGUUCCAGUCCCUUCAUUGAAUCAUGAAACUUUCUACAUGUCCACAAGUGCAAUACACAUUCUCUCCUUAACGGAAGCAAAAUUCUCACACACGUUUUGUAUGUUGACUAGUCAUAAUCUUAGCCCAAAAACAUUUUCUUACCUUAAGACAUAUUAUUUCCCCAGAUUCCCCUACCUCACCUGUGGCCCUCGGUCCGGUCCCCCUUUUGGAAAUCCGAUAACAAGUUUAUUAAUGUCUGUGACACUUAUGUUUAUUAAUGUCUGUGAUACUCAUGUGGAAUAUCUUUGUUUGUUUUUGCUGUUCACUGUGUUAGCUAAAAGUUAUAUACCUCUUCUUUAGGUUCUUGACAAUGGCCAACUGAAAGAGUUUGAAGAACCUCAUUUGCUGCUGCUAAAUAGGUUGAGUUUUUUCUCUCGUCUCGUUGAAAAAACUGGCACCAUAAACGCGUUACAAUUGAGGAAAGCUGCCCGAAAAGCUUAUGAACUUAGACAUGAUUCAGAAAAUACAUUGGACAUUAUACCAGACUCCGUCAGGAGUUUCCUCUCCUCCUAUAUACCCGUCUCUGGAUACACUGAUUUACAACUUGUGUCUUACGUAUAA